GCAUGAGGAAUCCGGUGAGCCGCUUGGCGUGAAAUAAUUCCUCGCACUAGUGUAUGUUCUAACCAUAUGCGUCUGCGGCGUAGGCAACCUCCUAUUGCUCAUAGUUAUCGCCGCGUAUAAGAAAAUGCGGACGAUCACCAACGCGCUGAUCGCAAACCUGGCUUUCUCCGACUUCAUAGUCGCUGUGGUUUGCAUGCCGCUGAUAAUGGACUACUACAUAGUCCGCCCUGACCGCUACUGGACAUAUAGCGACACCACAUGCACAGUCAUCAACUACCUGCGGAUGGCAUCUCUGUACGUGUCCACCAACUCUCUUCUGGUCAUCGCGAUUGAUCGGUACGUGGUUCUCGUCUGUACCAGCGUUACACGGAUGUCACCCCGGGGUGCGUUCAUCGUCACUGUCCUGGUGUGGGCAGUGUCCAUGCUCCUGGCCAUCCCUGCAGCCGUCUACUCAAAAGCCGUCCCCUACCAAAGUGGCCGGUCAGCCUUCUGCGGACAAGUCUGGCCAGUAGACGCCGAAAACAUGUACAAGGCCUACUACCUGACAUUGUUCAUCCUCCAGUUCGCCCUGCCAGUCCUCAUCAUGGGCUUUUGCUACAUCCGGAUCGGCCUACGCAUAUGGUACCGAACGGUUCCCGGACAUCAGACCGACGAACAACAGUUGAGAAUCCAGCAGUCCAAACGCCGCGUGGUGCGGCUGCUCAUGGUCAUCGUCGCCCUCUUCACCCUCGGCUGGCUCCCCUACUACAUCUACGCCAUCAUCCGAGACUUCUUCCCAGAAAUCCUGCACGACACCCACCACAACACAACCAUCUACUUCAUCGUGGAGGCACUCGGGAUGUCCAACAGCAUGAUCAACACUAUCGUGUACAUCCUCAUGAACAAGAGCGCCAGGAAGCACAUCAAGAUGUUAGCUAGUGACUGUAUGGCGUUACGAAGAAAUAGACAAAACAGACGAGUUGGGGCUCAGCCGGGAGUCAUGGUCCGGGCACACACUUCCUCAGACACAAAAUCACCCAGUUCUCGGGAAAGAAGGGAGGGCGGGAAUAAAAUAAACCCAUUGGUGGAGCUCCAGACUGUUCGCACUGCGGCAGUAAAUAAUCAAGACGCUUCUUCAUCUAGCGGUGAAAACAGUCGACUGAAACUCACCCCUAGAGAGUUUCGGCAACAUCUCCAGCACGCCUAUACCCUCCCGGGUGGGGUACAGACCACCUCGCAAAUCGAGGACUGCAAAAUCUCUACAAUUGCCUAAAGAAUUGAUCAAACACGCUUGAAAUCAUAUCUGGUGGUGCAAUAAUAUGUAGAGGUAGAAAUCGAUCACCCCAAACUUUCUAUACGCCACAAAGAACACAUGUUGACAAAGGAAUGUUUGCUAGUGCAUAAGUAAGAAAAUAAACCAACCAUACAAAUCACAGGCAAUCAGCUGGUUAACCGCAAAAUCAGACUUUCAACAUAUUCAUUAGCUACGUGUAUACAUUGACUGCAAAAGUCUAACACCAGACGAACGGAGGGCCCCAACUCUGCUCUUUUUCAUAAGCCUUUUUCAAUACAUGAAACGACAUUAAUGAACGGACAUGUACCAUACCAUAGCCUAACUUCCGACUUUUAAUCAGUAGAGUUAGAUGUGUUUUUGAAAUAUCAUGUUUACGUAAGGUCAUAUGUCUAUGGUUUUAUUACACGUAUGCUUAUGGAUUUAUUAGGACUUCCUUCAUGAUGUAUUUUUGUUAUAUUUUUUCUGACUUUUUCUUCUUCACCUAA